AUGGUAGUUGCUCAAGAAUUACUUAGACAAAGACUUUUGAUUUCAGAUGCAGCUGACUGUGAACCCUGCCCAGAAGAACAAUUUCCCAAUAAGGACAAGGACCAAUGCAUUGCUAAGAAGAUCCACUUCCUUGCUUAUCAAGACACUCUGGGAUACAUUUUGGUUUUUCUUGCUUUUUUCCUCUCUGUGAUCACUUUUGCAGUCCUGGUGAUUUUCUGUAAACAUCAUGACACACCAAUUGUCAAGGCCAACAACCGAGAUCUCACCUACAUCCUCCUAGUCUCCCUCCUGCUUUGCUUCCUUUGCUCCUUCCUCUUUAUUGGUCAACCAGGGAAGAUCACCUGUCUCUUCCAACAAUCUGCCUUUGCCAUUCUCUUUUCCCUUGCAGUUUCCUCAGUGUUAGCAAAAACUGUCAUGGUGGUUCUGGCUUUCAUGGCCACCAAGCCAGGGAACAGGACAAGGAAACUCUUAGGAAAACCACUGACCAACUCCAUUGUCAUAGCCUGUCCCCUGGUCCAAGCCCUUCUUUGUGCCACCUGGUUGGUAACCUCUCCCCCAUUUCCUAAUUUGGAUUUUCAUUCUGUGUAUGGAGAGGCUAUUUUAGAAUGUAAGCAAGGCUCAGCUUUAAUGUUUUACACUGCCCUUGCCUAUCUAGGUUUUCUGGCCAUCAUCAGCUUCACUGUGGCCUUUCUAGCUAGGAAAUUGCCUGAUAGUUUUAAUGAAGCCAAAUUCAUUACUUUUAGUAUGCUGGUCUUUUGCAGUGUUUGGAUCUCCUUCCUCCCCACCUACCUUAGCACCAAAGGGAAGUCCAUGGUGGCUGUGGAGAUCUUCUCCAUUUUAGCUUCUGGAGCUGCUCUCUUGGCUUGUAUUUUUUCCCCCAAAUGCUACAUUAUUCUGCUGAGGCCAGAGCUGAAUUGUAGAGAAAAUAUAGUUAGAAACAAGAAUUUCUAA